GUUCUGUUGUUAACAGAAAUACAGAAACAUACCUUAAAGGAACCCCAAAGAGAUGCCAGUAUAAUGGCAUACGUAGGUAUGGCUAAGGCAUAAUAUCACAUUAUGGAUAAGGAGAAUUGAAGGUUGCCAGAAAGCAAUAAACAUUGGUGAGAAUUACACUAUGUUUCAAAUGCCCAUAAUACAUUGAAGAAGAUAAGAUAUGAUUUAACUUACAGAGUCAUUGUGUGUAUUGCUGAUUAUCUCAACUAUUCAUUUUAUAGUCCAAAAGUUUAAGGACAGCUUAGUUUGCAAUGCAGCUGUCAUUGGCUGCAAGCCUUGAUUCAGAGUAGGUAAAGUGCUAUAAAUGCAGUAAGUGUUAGUAAGACAAGGGGAUAUAGAAAACAAUGACAGGUUUGGAUUACGAUCAAGAAUAUCUUACAAGGUUUACUUACUCUUGAAGAAUUUGAGGGAAAUAGUGCAUACCAGAGGUUAAACAAAUCACUUAUGAUGCAUUUUGGGGAUAAGACUUGCCAAUAUUUGUUAACAUUAAAAUAUUUCACUUAUUUAUACAGAUGUAGAGUCUGUGUAAAAUAGGAGUGCAGGGUUCUUACCUGGAAAAUGGGAAUCAAGAUAGCCAACAGCGAGAAGCAGCUGUGCCAUGGGUUAAAGAGAAGCGAAGCCAUUACCUUUCUUUAAAACAAUUGCAGUAGCAUGAGAGGGAAUUCUUCCUAAUGGACAACUACUGAGCGCAUCGCGACUCCUGUGACAGGUUUUGAAAGCUUGAGCCACGUCGGACUGGAAUCAUGUUAAACAAGCCAGUGCUGGCAGAAUCCCUGAUCGUGUUCAUCAUCGUUCUCCUCGUGCACGCAGUGGUGUGGGACCGGUAUUCCUGGUGCGCUGUCGCUCUCGCCGUCCAGGCUUUUUAUGUCCAAUUCAAAUGGGACCGGCUGCUUCAGCUGGGUGGGGCCGUAUUCCAGUUCCGUACAGCAGCGAACAGCGGCCUCCUGCCAGCGAGCAUGGUCAUCCCCUUGUUGGGGAUAGUGAUGAAGGAGAGGUGCAAGUCCGCUGGCAUUGUGUACUUUGAACGUUUUGGCAUAGUUGUAGCUUCCACUGGCAUGCUGGUUGCUCUCUUUCUGUCUGUGAUAGCAGUUGGUGUCACAAAACCUGUGCCAACCAACACUUGCAUACUUACUGGUGUGGCUGGCAGUAUAAUUAUCUAUACUAUGAAGCACUCUUUGACUGUUUCAGAAGUGAUAGAGGUCCUAGAAGUGCUGCUAAUUUUUGUCUACCUCAGUAUGAUCUUGCUGUACUUGUUGCCUCGAUGUUUUACUCCUGGAGAAGCAUUGCUAGUUCUCGGAGGUGUAAGUUUUGUUCUCAAUCAGCUCAUUAAACGCUCACUGAACGUAAUCGAGGGCAGAGGUGAUCCCAUAGACUUCUUCCUUCUGGUGGCAGUUGUUGGAGUUGUUCUUCUUGGGCUUUUUUUCACUGUGCUCUUCAUUUUCAUGGAUUCGGGUACGUGGAUCUCCUCCAUGUUUUUCCACAUGAUGACAGCAGUGCUAGGCUUAGGGGUCAUCAUGCCUUGGCUGUACAGACUGAUCCAGAAGAACCCUUUGUUCUGGCUACUCCAGUUUCUCUUUCAGACACAGACAAGAAUUUACCUUCUUGUAUAUUGGACCUUUUUGGCUGCUUCAGCAUGUGGCAUAGUUUUCUACCAGAAUGCUAAGAGAUCAUCUGAAUCUAAAAAACACCAGGCCUCAACUAUAACCAGGAAAUAUUUCCAUUUCAUUGUUGUAGCCACUUAUGUUCCUGGACUAAUUUAUGACCGCCAGCUCCUCUACGUUGCUGCAGUACUGUGUCUGGCAGUGUUUAUCUUUUUAGAGUAUGUUCGGUACUUCAGGAUCAAACCAUUUGGCCAAACCCUUAGGUAUUUGCUGUCUCUCUUCUUGGAUGAAAGAGACAGUGGACCUCUAAUCCUGACUCAUAUUUAUCUCCUCCUUGGCAUGUCCCUCCCAGUGUGGUUAUUCCCCAGAUCUUGUGCUCCUAAAGGUACCUUGUCUGGGGCAGGAGCACUGGUGCCCUACUCUGGGGUACUGGCAGUAGGGGUAGGAGACACCAUUGCCUCUGUUUUUGGGAGUACAAUGGGGGAAAUCAAAUGGCCGGGAACAAAGAAGACCUUCGAAGGGACAAUGACAGCUAUUUUUGCUCAGAUCAUUGCUGUGGCUCUUAUUCUGAUCUUUGACAGCAGUGUGAAUCUGAACUCCAGCUAUGCUUGGAUUCUGGCAUCUGUGAGCUUAGUUUCUCUUUUGGAAGCUUACACUACCCAAAUUGAUAAUCUGCUGUUGCCUCUCUACCUCCACAUAAUGUUUAUGGCAUAGCACUACUUCCAGGAACAGAGGUUUCUCCCUUUCUAGAGAAAAAUGGUAAAAGCUGAUGGACUGUAACGAGAGAUCAAAGCCAAUCUAAACACUGCUUUUGGUACAGCAGAUAAAAUUGUUAAAAACAUAAAUGAAAGAGCCAUUUAAAAUAAAGGGUUUGGUUUGGUCUUGUUUUUCCCUGUUUAAAACA